GGCGGGAAUUACAGCUGAGUUAGAGAGAAGAUUUACCCAGUUCGGACUUCGUGUGCAGUUGAGGACAGACACAAAACAGCUUUACGUCGAAUAAACCCGAAACUCUGAAUCAAGAGGACUUAUUUUAUCCUUUUCCAAAGUCCGUUCAUCAUCGACGUGUUUCCCACAACCAGUCAUGCCCAGGACUCGCUCUCAGGGGCAAGUUCAGCGCACGCUGCAGUACCCACUUCGCAAAUCUUGCCGAGCGCCCCUGCAGUCGAAAACGGCUCAGUCCUCGAAGGUCGCAUUGCCAUCUCCAAACAAGCCAGAGCUCCGGCUUCCUUCCCCAAUUCGGAUCGGUCCGAUGUCUCCGAGGCGGUCGUCAGACAGACCGGCGAUUCUGUCACCCAGACGUUCUGCUGCCCAGAGCCCUCUAACCUCUCCAAAGCAGGAAGUGGAUCAGCUCUGCAGAUCUGCAGCACAGGCGCCUCCACCAACACCACCUUCCUCCCCCAUCCUGCAGAGCCGACUCCCUCUCAGUCCUCGGAAACGCACAGGUGACGACAAUGGCUGCAACGUGCAGUGUUCCCCUCCGAAGCAGAACAGACCAAAUCCGGCAACCCCACGUAAACUCGGCUUUGACGAAAACUUGCAAACAUCUGAAGGUCGGACGCCCAAGCAACGGCGCUCUCCAACCAGCAAGUUGUCUCCGAACAGACAGGAAACGCCUCCUGGGACUCCCAUCCUGGACAGCCAAGAGAAGAUGCUGCCUGUUGCUCGCCUGUUUGCUGACAAGUCGAGGUUUCAAAGCGUGAAGCAGGCGCUGCACACCGCCAUCCCUGAGUGUCUUCUGUCCAGAGACGCUGCCAUCCGCUCCUUCCUGGAAGACAAGGUGCUGCAGCGCCCCAGCAGCCUCUACAUCUCCGGGGCCCCAGGGACCGGCAAGACCGCCUGCCUGAACUGCAUCCUCCAGGAGAUGAAGUCUGAGCUCGCCUCGGUAAAGACAGUGGUGGUGAACUGCAUGAGUCUGCGGACUUCUCACGCCAUUUUCCCGCUGUUGGCCUACAAGCUGAAAGCAGCCGGUGGACAGAGCGGCCUCCAGAGGUUCCUGACGGCUCCGGGGCCCACAGUGCUCCUGGUUCUGGAUGAAAUGGACCAGCUGGACAGUAAAGCUCAGGACGUCCUCUACACCAUCUUUGAGUGGCCAUAUUUGCCGCGGUCUCGUCUCUGUCUCAUCGGCAUUGCCAACGCUUUGGACCUGACGGAUCGUAUCCUGCCCAGACUGCAGGCUCAGACUCACUGUCGCCCCCUGCUGCUGCACUUCCCUCCCUACAGCCGACAGGAGCUGAGCGCCAUCAUACAGGACAGACUGUCAAAGGUUUCGGCUGAGGGUCUGCUGGACGCCUCUGCUGUUCAGUUCUGUGCCAGGAAGGUAUCGGCUGUGUCCGGAGACGCCAGAAAGGCUCUCGACAUCUGCAGGAGAGCGGUUGAGAUCGCAGAAGCUGAUGAAAGACAGAAGGCCUCCGCUAAAGCGUCUUUGGUCGGCCUCCCUCAGGUGGCGAAGGUGUUGUCAGAGGUUUACGGCGACCGCAUGGCGGCGCAGAGCGGCGGUUCGGAGGGAGAGAGUUUCCCUCUGCAGCAGAAGCUGCUGGUCUGCUGCCUGCUGCUGCUCAUCCGCAAAGGGAAGAGCAAAGAGACGAACCUGGGAAAGCUCCAUGAGGUUUACAGCCGCCUGUGCGCCCAGAGGCAGGUGUCUGGAGUCGGGCAGGGCGAGUGUUUGGCGCUGUGCGGCCUGCUGGAGAGUCGGGGAAUCUUCGCUUUGAAGAAGGCCAAAGAGGGUCGUCUCACUAAGGUGUUCCUGAAAAUUGACGAAAAAGACGUAGAAAACGCUCUGAAGGACCGAACUCUUCUGGGCAGCAUCCUGGCUGCAGGGCUUCCCUCGUGAUCCAUCAUCAAUUAUAAAGUUAUUUUAAAUCAUGUUUUACUUUUUUAAAAAUGAUUUUAAAGAUGUUUCCUUUAAAAAGGAAACACUUGUACUUUUUUUGAUAACUGCUCAGUUAUUUUGAGCUGUAUUCAUUGAUUUUUUUCAUUUUAAUGUCCCAUAUUUGUUUUUUGUGCUGUAAAUAAAUAGAUUUACAGACAUGAA